AUGCAUCACUCAGGCAACAUCGGGAGGUCGAAGACCCUCUCUCACUCUCAUGAGACAGACUCUAGUUCCCCCUACUGGUGUUCAGAGGUGGCAACACCCAUCUUUGUGUGCCUGGCAGAUAUCUCAGCUUGGAUGUUGUCCCACCCCCUCAAUCUCAACCUCAACAAGAUGGAGAUGCACUUCCUCCUGGGGAAGGCCUGCCGGCUCCAAGACCGCUCCAUUAUGGUUGCCAACUCCACGGUGUCCCCCUCCCAGACUACACGACCCACCCAGAGACUCAGACCAGCUACACGACCCACCCAGAGACUAUCAGACCAGCCACACAAUCCACCCAGAGACUCAGACCAGCUACACGACCCACCCAGAGACGAUCAGACCAGCCACACAAUCCACCCAGAGACUCAGACCAGCAACACAACCCACCCAGAGACUAUCAGACCAGCCACACAACCCAUCCAGAGACUAUCAGACCAGAUACACGACCCACCCAGAGACUAUCAGACCAGCCACACAAUCCACCCAUUGACUCAGACCAGCCACACAACCCACCCAGAGACUAUCAAACCAGCCACACAACCCACCCAGAGACUAUCAAACCAGCCACACAACCCACCCAGAGACUAUCAAACCAGCCACACAACCCACCCAGAGACUUUUAGACCAGCUACACAACCCACCCAGAGACGAUUAAACCAGCUACACAACCCACCCAGAGACUAUCAGACCAGCCACACAACCCACCCAGAGACUAUCAGACCAGCCACACAACCCACCCAGAGACUAUCAGAGCAGCUACACAACCCACCCAGAGACUAUCAGACCAGCUACACAACCCACCAAGAGACUAUCAAACCAGCGACACAACCCACCCAGAGACUAUCAGACCAGCCACACAACCCACCCAGAGACUAUCAAACCAGCCACACAACCCACCCAGAGAUUAUCAAACCAGCCACACAACCCACCCAGAGACUAUCAAACCAGCCACACAACCCACCCAGAGACUAUCAGACCAGCUACACAACCCACCCAGAGACUAUCAGACAAGCUACACAACCCACCCACCCAGAGACUAUCAGACCAGCUACACAACCCACCCACCCAGAGACUAUCAGACCAGCUACACAACCCACCCAGAGACUAUCAGACCAGCUACACAACCCACCCAGAGACUAUCAAGACUUUCAGGAGUGCCAGGUGCCCCUGCUGGAGAAUAAUUCCUCCCACUCCCGCCUGGAGCCCCGCCCCCACAAUGACUCAUACCUGCUCAGACACCAACCCCCCUCCUCCGGAGCUCCUAACCACCUCGGUGGGUCCACCCUGCGACCCCCCCUGCCUCCCCCUCACAACCACCAGACCCUUUCCCACCACCACCACCACUCCUCAGCCAACAGCCUGAACAGGAACACCCUGAGAGGGGGUAGGAACCCCAUCCACGCCCCCCCUCCAGUACCAGGGGAUGGGCCCACCUCACCAGAGUCUGUACAGCUACAGGACAGCUGGGUACUGAAUAGUAACGUCCCACUGGAAACCAGGCACUUCCUGUUUAAGACAUCGUCGGGGACGACCCCUCUCUUCAGUAGCUCCUCUCCCGGUUACCCUCUGACCUCUGGGACUGUCUACUCUCCGCCCCCUCGCCUAUUACCCAGAAACACCUUCUCCCGCUCUGCCUUCAAGCUCAAUAAGCCGUCUAAGUACUGCAGCUGGAAAUGUGCUGCCGUGUCGGCCAUUACUACAGCCAGCCUGCUGGCUAUACUACUGUCUUACUUUAUAGCCAUUAACCUGUUGGAUCUGACGUGGCAACUGCAGCCCUCUGAAGGCCCUGUGUUGAACAACGGUCUGAGUACUGCAGGUCUAGCUGUCAACAGUGAUGUGGCCACACUGCCCUCUGGAGGCAAAGCUCCAUGGCAAGGUCCUAACAGCAGUAUAGACAGUGGGGAUGUGGAGGUGGGGAGGAGGGUGAGUCAGGAGAUUCCUCCUGGGAUGUUCUGGAGGUCUCUGCUUCACCUGGCCCAGCCGCAGUUCCUCAAGUUCAACAUCUCCCUGGGGAAAGAUGCUCUGUUCGGGGUCUACAUCCGCAAGGGCCUGCCCCCCUCACACGCACAGUAUGACUACAUGGAGCGCUUGGACGGUAAAGAGAAGUGGAGUGUUGUCGAGUCUCCUCGAGAACGUCGCAGCAUCCAGACUGUGGUUCUAAACGAAGCAGUGUUUGUUCAGUACCUGGACCUGGGAGCAUGGCAUCUAGCCUUCUACAAUGACGGGCGAGAAAGAGAGACUGUCUCCUUCAACACUGCUAUUAUGGACUCGGUACAGGAGUGUCCCCGUAAUUGUCAUGGCAACGGAGAGUGUGUGUCUGGUGUGUGUCACUGCUUCCCUGGGUUCCAUGGCAUGGACUGCUCCAAAGAGGCCUGUCCAGUGCUGUGUAGUGGUAAUGGUCAGUAUGAUAAGGGAUCCUGUAUCUGCUACAGUGGAUGGAAGGGAGCAGAGUGUGCCGUCCCCACCACCCACUGCAUUGACCCUCUCUGUAGUGGACAUGGGACCUGCACUGACGGGACCUGUGUCUGCUCCCUGGGGUACAAGGGAGACAACUGUGCCAAAGUAGACUGCCUGGACCCGACCUGUUCUAAUAACGGUAUCUGUGUGAACGGGGAGUGCCACUGUAAACCCGGCUGGGGUGGCCCACACUGUGAGCUGCAGCGGGCACUGUGCCCAGACCAAUGCCAUGGCCACGGUGCAUUCAUACCAGACACUGGUCUCUGUAGCUGUGAUCCUAACUGGAUGGGACCAGACUGCUCAGUAGAAGUGUGUUCUGUGGACUGCGGGACCCACGGUGUGUGUUUGGGCGCAGCGUGUCAUUGUGAGGAGGGUUGGACGGGUACCGGGUGUGACCAGCGAGUGUGUAACCCACUGUGCAUCAAACAUGGAACCUGCAAAGACGGCAAGUGCCAGUGUCACCAGGGCUGGAAUGGAGAACACUGCACCAUCGAUGGCUGUCCUAACCUGUGUAAUGGUAAUGGUCAGUGUACCAUAGGGGAGCAGAGCUGGCACUGUGAAUGCAAGACAGGCUGGAGGGGUGCCGGAUGCAGCGUUGCCAUGGAGACCUCCUGUGCCGACAACACGGACAAUGAAGGGGAUGGUCUGACGGACUGUAUGGAUCCAGACUGUUGUAUCCAGAGCCCGUGUCAGAACAGCCCUCUGUGUCGGGGCUCCAGAGACCCCCUCCAGGUGAUCCAGCAGAGCCCCCUGUCUCUGUCCCAACCCCGGGUAGGAUCCUUCUAUGACAGGGUCAUGAUGCUGGUGGGACGGGACAGCACACACAUCAUACCUGGGGAAAACCCAUUCAAUGCCAGCUUGGCGUCUCUGAUCCGAGGUCAGGUGUUAACUACAGAUGGUACUCCCCUGGUGGGAGUCAAUGUUUCCUUUGUCAGAUACCCACACUAUGGAUAUACUCUCACACGCCAGGACGGAACGUUUGACCUUCUAGCGAACGGCGGCACCUCGUUGACCCUGAGGUUUGAGCGCGCUCCGUUCAUCACGCAGGACCGCACGGUGUGGUUACCAUGGAGUCGUUUCUACGUCUUGGAUACGCUGGUGAUGAAGACUGAGGAGAACACCAUCCCAGGAUGUGACCUCAGCGGCUUCCUCCGACCUGACCCUGUGGUCAUCACCUCACCUCUGUCAUCACUCUUCUCCUCUAGACCCAGGGACAAGCCCAUCAUACCUGAGACACAGGUGCUCCACGAGAUGAUAGAUGUUCCAGGGACCAGUCUGAAGCUGUGCUACCUGAGCUCCAGGACGUCUGGCUACCGCAGCCUGCUGAAGGUGACCAUGACCCCAGCCAUGGUGUCUCUGGGCCUGCUCAAAGUCCACCUGAUGGUGGCUGUGGAGGGACAUCUCUUCCAGAAGUGGUUCCACGCCUCGCCCAACCUGGCCUACACGUACAUUUGGGAUAAAACAGAUGCCUAUGGACAGAGAGUCUACGGGCUGUCGGAAGCUGUCGUGUCAGUGGGGUAUGAAUAUGAGUCGUGUGCCAGUCUGAUCCUAUGGGAGAAGAGGACAGCAGUACUACAGGGCUUUGAACUGGACCCUUCUAAUCUGGGAGGCUGGUCUCUGGAUAAACACCAUAUACUCAACACACGCAGCAGUAUCCUCCAUAAGGGUAGUGGUGAGAACGUGUUUGUGUCACAGCAGCCCCCUGUGAUCAGCAGUGUAAUGGGGAACGGCCGUCGACGCUCUAUCUCCUGCCCCAGCUGUAACGGCCUCGCCGACAGCAACAAGCUACUGGCGCCUGUUGCCCUGGCAAUAGGCAUCGACGGGAGCCUCUACGUGGGAGACCUGAACUUCAUACGCAGGGUCUACCCCUCGCUCAAUACCACGGGCAUACUGGAACUGAGGAACAAAGAUUUCAGACACAGUAACAACCCCACUCAUAAGUACUUCCUGGCCAUUGACCCGGUAACGGGGGCGUUGUUUAUCUCGGAUACCAAUUCGCGGCGUAUCUACCGUGUGCGCUCUCUGACGGGCGGGCGGCUUCUGUCGGACAACGCAGAGGUGGUUGCUGGGACAGGAGAGCAGUGUCUGCCCUUCGACGAGCGCUGUGGGGAUGGAGGCAAAGCUACUGAGGCGACACUGAUGAGCCCCAAAGGUAUUGCUGUCGAUCAGAAUGGCCUGAUGUAUUUUGUGGAUGCCACUAUGAUCCGUAAGGUAGACCAAAACGGCAUCAUCUCCACUCUACUGGGCGCCAACGACCUGACCGCAGUACGACCACUCAGCUGUGACGCUAGCAUGGACGUCAGCCAGGUGCGUCUGGAGUGGCCUACAGACCUGGCAGUAAACCCCAUGGAUAACUCUCUGUACGUCCUGGAGAACAACGUUGUGCUGCGCAUCACUGAGAACCACCAAGUGAGCGUCAUAGCAGGGCGGCCCAUGCAUUGUCAGGUUCCAGGUGUAGACUACAGCCUGAGUAAGCUUGCCAUCCAUGCUGCGUUGGAGAGCGCGACAGCCAUCGCCCUGUCUUACACCGGAGUUCUCUACAUCGCUGAGACGGACGAGAAGAAAAUCAACCGCGUCAGACAGGUAUCCACUAAUGGCGAGAUGUCUCUGCUGGCCGGCGCCACAUCAGACUGCGACUGCAAGAAUGAUGUCAACUGCAACUGUUUCUAUGGCGACGACGGAUACGCGCCCGACUCCGGCCUCAAUUCCCCCGCCUCGCUCGCCGUCUCACCCGACGGAACGCUUUUCAUCGCCGAUCUUAACAACAUACGCAUCAGAGCCGUACGAGCCAAUCGACCCGGCCCGUCAGCCUCGGGGGCGGGAUCAGGAUCGAUGAUGGGACAAUAUGAAGUUGCGUCGCCACGGGAACAGGAGCUCUAUGUGUUCAACGGUGAUGGUCAACAUCUACAGACCGUGAGUCUGGUCACUGGAGAGCCAUUAUAUAACUUCACCUACGGGCCGGACAGAGAGCUAGCCACGGUGGUGGACAACUGCAACAACACUGUCAGGGUGAGAAGGGAGGGUCUGGGCCAGGGGGGGAGUUCUGGCCUCCUCAGACUGGUGUUACUGCCAGAGAACCAGGUGGUGACCCUGGGUUUGGACCCUGCUGGGGGGUUGAGGAGUGUCUCGGCCCAGGGACAGGAGGUGGCCCUACUGGGGUACUCUGGGAGUACAGGACUACUGGCCACCAAGGCCGACGAGACCGGAUGGACCACCUUCUACCAGUAUGACAGUGAGGGUCGUCUGACCAAUGUAACCUAUCCUACUGGCAUGGUGACCAGUCUGCACCGGGAGAUAGAACGUUCCAUCAACAUUGACAUAGAGAGCUCCAGCAGAGACGAUGACGUCACCGUUAUCACCAACCUGUCCUCUGUGGAGGCCUCAUACACCGUGGUGCAAGACCAGGUGAGGAACAGCUACCAACUGUGUAACAACGGCACCCUGCGGGUGAUGUAUGCCAAUGGGAUGGGCAUCAGCUUCCACACUGAGCCCCACAUCCUGGCCGGCUCGGUCAGUCCUACAAUCGGCCGUAGGAACAUCACACUACCCACAGACAACGGACUCAACUCCAUCGAGUGGCGGCUCCGCAAGGAACAGACCAAGGGGAAGGUCACUGUUUUUGGCAGGAAGCUAAGGGCACAUGGCCGUAACCUCCUCUCCAUCGACUUUGACCGCAACACUCGGACGGAGAAGAUCUAUGACGACCACCGCAAGUUCACGCUCCGCAUCAUGUACGACUCGCAGGGCCGGCCCGCCAUGUGGUUGCCUAGCAGCAGCCUGGCAGUGGUGAACGUGUCGUAUUCGACCACGGGUCAGCUGGUGGGGCUGCAGAGGGGCAGUAUGAGCGAGAAGACAGAGUUUGACCCUCAGGGACGUAUUCUGUCACGGUCGUUCAUAGACGGCAAGGUGUGGAGCUAUAGUUAUCUGGAUAAGUCCAUGGUCCUUCUCCUACAGAGCCAGAGACAGUACAUAUUUGAGUUUGACACCUCGGGACGCAUCACAGCCGUCACCAUGCCUAGUGUAGCCCGCCACACCAUGUUCACCCACGUCUCUAUCGGUUACAUCCGCAACACCUACAACCCUCCAGAGAGCAACGCCUCCAUCAUCCACGACUUCACCGAAGACGGCCGCCCUAAGGCCACCCACUACCUCGGCACCGGUCGACGUGUCCUCUACAAGUAUGGCAAGCUGGCCAAGCUAGCUGAGAUCCUCUACGACAGCACCACUGUGACGUUCGGUUACGACGAGACGGCUGGGGUUCUGAAGAUGGUGAACUUACAGAGCGGCGGGUUCUCCUGUACGAUACGUUACCGUAAGAUGGGUCCGUUGAUCGACAAGCAGAUCUACCGGUUCAGUGAGGAGGGGAUGGUGAAUGCUAGGUUUGACUACACGUACCACGACAACAGCUUCCGUAUCGCUAGUAUGAAGCCAGUCAUCAGUGAGACUCCUCUGCCUGUGGACCUCUACCGCUAUGACGAGAUCUCUGGAAAGGUGGAACACUUUGGGAAGUUUGGUGUGAUCUACUAUGACAUCAACCAGAUCAUCACCACGGCUGUGAUGACCCUCAGCAAGCACUUUGACACCCACGGGCGCAUCAAGGAGGUGCAGUACGAGAUCUUCAGGUCACUGAUGUACUGGAUGACGGUGCAGUACGACAGUAUGGGACGGGUGGUGAAGCGAGAGCUGAAGAUAGGACCAUACGCCAACACAACACAGUAUCGCUAUGAGUAUGACGGGGACGGACAGCUCAGCGGGGUGAAGGUGAAUGACUGGUUCACGUGGCGCUACAGCUACGACCUGAAUGGUAACCUGCACCUCCUCAACCCCGGGAACAGCGCCCGCCUCACGCCGCUCCGCUACGACCUCCGAGACCGCAUCACGCGCCUGGGUGACGUGCAGUACCAUCUGGAUGAGGAUGGCUUCCUGAGCCAGCGAGGCUCGGAUGUCUUCGACUACAACUCCAAAGGCCAGCUCCUCAGAGCAUAUAGCAAGCUCCCGGGAGGCUGGAGCGUCCAGUACCAUUAUGACGGACUGGGAAGGAGAGUGUCCACUAGGACCAGUCUGGGACAACACCUCCAGUUCUUCUACGCUGAUCUGAACCACCCGGCAAGAGUCACACAUAUAUUUAACCACUCCAGCUCAGAUAUCGCUUCACUGUACUAUGACUUGCAGGGUCAUCUGUUUGCUAUGGAGGUGAGUAGUGGAGAGGAGUAUUACAUCGCCUCAGACAACACAGGAACACCACUGGCUGUCUUCAGCAGCAAUGGACAGAUGAUCAAACAGGUACAGUACACAGCGUACGGGGAGGUGUACCUGGACUCUAACCCAGAGUUCCAGCUGGUGGUUGGGUUCCAUGGUGGUCUCUAUGACACCCUGACCAAUCUGGUCCACUUCACCCAGAGGGACUAUGACGUCCUGGCAGGCCGCUGGACCUCGCCAGACUAUGCCAGCUGGCCCAAGAUCGGCAAGGACCCUGCACCCUUCAACCUGUAUAUGUUCAAGAACAACAACCCCCUCAGCGACGUGUUGGACAUCAACAACUACGUCACAGACGUGAAGAGUUGGCUGGUGAUGUUUGGUUUCCAGCUCAGUAACAUCAUUCCAGGGUUCCCCCGUCACACCCUCUACUUCGUGGAGCCUCCCUACGAGCUGCAGGCCAGCAAGGACUGUGAAAACGGACAGCUGAUAACGGGGGUGCAGCAGGCAGCGGAGCGCCACAACCAGGCCUUCAUGGCCCUGGAGGGACGGCUCCUUAACAAGGACCCCCGCGACCGCCGCGACAAGCCCGGACACUGGUUCGGCACAUCAACGCCCAUCAUCGGCCUGGGAGUGAUGCUAGCGCUGAAGGAAGGACGUGUGGUGGCGGCAGUUAGCUCCAUGGCAACCGACGACAGCCGCAAAGUGUCCUUAGUCCUCAAUGGCGCCAUCUACCUGGACGGAACGCACUACACGCAGGCCGGACAUGACUGUCACUUCUUCGUUAAAGUCGGUUCGGCCGAUAGUGAUUUACUGGCGCUGGGGCUGACCAACGGACGCAAGGCACUGGACAGCGGGAUCAACGUGACUGUGAGCGGGAGGUCGCGGCGCGGCGCCACAGUGGAGUUUGCGGUGCCGUCGUUAGCCCUCAGCGUGCGGUAUGGGCUAGCGCUGGACGUGGUGGAUGAGGAGAGGGUGAGGCUGCUGGAACUAGCCCGGCAGAGGGCCCUGGCUGGGGCCUGGCUGAGGGAGCGGCAGAGGGCCAAGGAUGGGAAGGAGGGGAACCGGCUGUGGACGGAGGGAGAGAAGCAACAGCUGCUGACCGCGGGGAGGGUACAGGGGUAUGAUGGGUAUUAUGUUUUACCCGUGGAACAGUACCCAGAACUGGCUGACAGCAGCACCAACAUCCAGUUCCUGAGACAGAACGAGAUGGGCAAGAGGUAACAGCCCUCCUGGACUGGGAUGGAGGACUGGCUGACUCUUUCUCUCUCACUGACUCUCCUCCCCUUCUCCUCCUCAUCCCUUUCAUCUUCUCACCCUAGUUACUAGUUCCUUCCUCUCUUCGCUCCCCCUACCUUCUCCCCCUUUCCUCUCCAACCCCGCAGAAAAUAAACCAACAAAUGGGGUUUCUCACUGAACGCUGCAGGGACUUUUGAAAAGAAGAAUAUACUAAACUUUUUUUGUUGUUACUUUUAUUGCCAAGGGUAAAACAUCUAACAUUUAGACAGAAGUUAAUUUAUUUGUUGUUGAAAACAAACUGUGGAGAAAGGCACUCAUGAACCUUGAAAAACAAACUGUUGCUUAAUAACUAAGAUUCCCGUUUUUAAAAAAGAAAUCGAUAUUUUCACCAAUAUUUUUGGGGACUUUGAGGGCGUAAUGACAGACUCUGAACUGAUGGUGGCGCUGUGUUGUGCUGGGUGCUCUGGUAAGGGCCUGCACCUGAAAUUAACUUGUAGAUCAAAGGGACCAAUAGGGAGGCAGAGCCACCACAGGGCCCAGCGAAUCACAACACUGAUCAGAAGAGAAGAUCAGCAACAAGCACCGCAGCGUCACUUACACGGAGUAAAACUACUUGUCAUCAGUCUCAGGCCUCCCAUUCUCCACCACAAAACUGUUCUCAGCUAUUGCAGCAACAUAUUCUAGCAACCAAUACUCACACCACUGAGAUCCUUUAACUCAUAAAGACUUCAAACAAAAUAACUUUUGUUCUUUAAACUUUAAAGACACAAAGUUGGAGGGGAAAAAAAUAUUGUGAAAAUGUAUCAGAAUGUGUCCAUAUGUGUCAGACUACUACACUACAGUUCAGACGACUACACUACAGUUCAGACUACUAUACUGCAGUUCAGACUACUAUACUGCAGUUCAGACUACUAUACUGCAGUUCAGACUACUAUACUACAGUUCAGACUACUAUACUGCAGUUCAGACUACUACACUACAGUUCAGACUACUAUACUACAGAUCAGACUACUAUACUGCAGUUCAGACUACUAUACUGCAGUUCAGACUACUAUACUACAGUUCAGAUUACUAUACUACAGUUCACACUACGAUACAAUUGUUUACUUCAUUCAUUGGUUCAGACUACUACACUACAGUUCAGACUACUACACUACAGUUCAGACUACUAUACUAAAGUUCAGACUACUAUACUGCAGUUCAGACUACUAUACUGCAGUUCAGACUACUAUACUACAGUUCAGACUACUAUACUACAGAUCAGACUACUAUACUGCAGUUCAGACUACUAUACUACAGUUCAGACUACUGCAGUUCAGACUACUAUACUGCAGUUCAGACUACUAUACUGCAGUUCAGACUACUAUACUGCAGUUCAGACUACUAUACUGCAGUUCAG